GCAGUGUUCCCGGUUGAGCACACACAGAGCUGCAGUGCUGCUUAUAACAACAACAACAACAACAACAACAGCUUUAAAACAGUGCUGAGUGAUGGAGGACGGAGAGGAGAUGGAGCAGAAGUUUACUGCCCUGCUUUCUGUUAGUGAAUCAGAGGAGGAGGGUGAAGCUCAGAAUGCGCACAUAUGUGAGGUGUGUGGAACAUAUUUUGAGACGAGGCGUGGUCUCUCCAGCCACGCCCGCUCACACCUGCGUCAGUUGGGAGUUUGUGUUUCGGAGAGCAGCGGCGCCCCCAUCAGCCUCCUGUAUGAACUGAUCACCGAGCGGGAUGGAAAACUGCCCUUCUCCCCCAAACACCCACCCACCCCCAGCACCACUCCCAAACUUAGCACCACGCCCAAACCCAGCACCACGUUUAAAACCAAAACUCCCAACAAACUCCUAACCAAACUCAGUCCUACAAAUAAAUCUGGAACCAAAAAAAUUUCUGCAACCAAACUGAAGAUCAAACUCGGGGAGUUUGUGAAGAGGCAGACUUUUGGAUCUUCAGCUUUAGGGAGGAAUGCCUCGACCCCCAGCAGCUCCGCUCCUUUAGUCAAUAACAUCAAACCACCUAAAGCUCCGCCUCCGACCCUCUCUCCAGCCCCGCCCCAGGACUCAACUUCAUUUUUAGACUCACCUUCAUCCUCACCUGCGCUCCCCUCCCAACCUGUCGUGACUAAACAGGAACCGGAUUCUCUGAUUGAUCUGAUGGACGUGCCGGGCGUGUCCCCACACUUUGAUGCACACGUGUGUGAGCUGUGUGGCGCUUGGUUCGAGACCAGGAAGGGUUUGGCCAGUCACUCCCGCGCUCACCUGCGCCAGUUUGGGGUUGAUAUGGAGUGUAAGGCCCCGCCCAUACAGGUGUUACAUGACCUGCUGCAGAAAGAGGUGGAGUCACUGGGUCAGAAUGCAGAUACGGUCCUGACUUGUGCCCCGCCCAUGAGCCACAUGUCUCCGCCUCGUGCCCCGCCCAUCAGCCACAUGUCUCCGCCUCGUGCCCCGCCCAUCAGCCACAUGUCUCCGCCUCGUGCCCCGCCCAUCAGCCACAUGUCUCCGCCUCGUGCCCCGCCCAUCAGCCACAUGUCUCCGCCUCGUGCCCCGCCCAUCAGCCACAUGUCUCCGCCUCCUGCUAAAAAGAAAAAAUCAUCUCUGACAGAAGGCAAAACACUGCAGGAAGUGAAGGAGGCGUGCUGUGAGUUCUGUGGCGAUGCGUUUAAGUCGACUCAGAGUUUGGCGAGCCACGCCCGUUGGCACCUGCGCCAGCUGGGACUAACUGAAUGGGGAGGGAUGCCGAUGGCGAUGCUGAGAGAGCUCAUGGCACAACGCGGCUGCACCCGCUUACCUAAACCCCCCCACAGCAAAUCUUCCUCACCAACCAAACGCCCGUCUGCCACCCUCACCAACCCCUCACCCCUCCUGCCGACCAAACCCCUACCUGUAGCCACACCCCCUUCAUCACCUGGACCCUCCCCCAUCCGAGUCCCUAAAGCCAGGAAGGGUUCGAGGAUGGUGAAGCAGAAAGUUCUGUCUGAGGAUUCGACACAAAUCCAUCCUGCAGCUCCGGCGCUUCAGAAUGUGACUGUACCAGCUGCAAAUCCACCUCCUGCAGCAGCCAAUCAGAUUUCAUCAGCAGGCUGGCAGGAGGAAGUGGGCGUGGCCGAGAUGGUACAGUGUGAUUACUGCAGUGACUUGUUCGAGAGUCGUAAAGCUCUGUCGUGCCACGCCCGAGCCCACUUGCGGCAGAUGGGUGUAAAAUGGGAACAGUACGCCUCUCCCAUCGACACGCUGCAGGAGCUCGUGAUCCGAGAGGGCAGAGGUCAGAGUUCAGAGAGUAGGAAAUCCUUCAUGCCCUCACCUGUUGAGUUCACCUUCAGAGAAAGAACCGAGCAUUUGGAGAGCCCGGGUACAGGAGGUACCAGUCCGGCAUCAGCUACGUGUGAGCUGUGUGGGUUUGAUUUUGAGAACAGGAAGGCGUUGGCAAGUCAUGCACGUGCUCACUUGCGUCAGCAGGGGGAGCAGUGGGGCUCCAGCCAAUCACCCAUUGAGGCCCUCAGCCAAUGGAUGAGCAGAGAACCAGAAAAAGUGAAGCAGCUCCAUCAGCUUUACCUACAGGGGGCGCUACCACAUAUCCGCAAGCAGAGGCGUAUCUCCUCUCCCAUCAGCCCUUCUGAUACCGACCCCGCCCGUUCAGGUGUGAGCCGCCCUGCCCCUACAGGUCGGGAGACUAAAUCAGGGAUGGGUCACUCUUUCACCUCACACAGGAAGUUCUCAUCUCAUCACCACAUCCCCAACACAACGAAUGACUUAACCCAUCGAGUCAAAGGUUCUGAGAAUGGUCCUAAACCCCUUCGUCCGAGAGCUGAGGGGGCGGAGCCUCUAAAGCGUGUGGGUAACGCCCCCUCUCUGGUUCCACCUCCACCAGAAACCAGUCUGGUUAAAGUGGUGGGAAAGAUGUACCUGCUCAAGUGCCGGUUCUGUGAGCUGGUGUUCCGUGGUCCUCUCUCCAUACAGGAAGACUGGCUCAUCCAUCUGCGACAUCACAUACUCAACCCCACUUCCACUCCCACGGCACCCCCCACAGACAGGCCUCAGCUGAUUGGCCAGGCAGUGUAGUGGGCGGGUCUGGUUCAGAUUAAUGGGUUUAAUAUGUGAUGUCUUUUUAUUCUGAUUUUAAAUGUUUUUAUACAAAGAUUUUGGCAAAAUGUU